AACUGCUCAGACUUAUCGGAAGUUCCAGCCGCGCAACACAGUAGCGUAUCAGCAGUGCUACUGUACCUCCUAAACACUUUAAACUUCUGAGUUUUCGUUCUUUUUCCACGACAUGGCUUACCCAGGAUACGGCGGGUAUGGAGGCCCGAUGCCAGGCAUGCCAGCUCAGGGGAUGCCACCCCAAGGAAUGCCCAUGGGAGGCCCCAUGGGAGGCCCUAUGCCUGGACACAUGGGUGGGCCGAUGGGAGGUGGGCCAAUGGGAGGCGCCCCACCUCAGGGAGGGUAUCCAGCUUAUGGAGGAGGCUAUCCAGGCUCUUUUGGUGCCCAGCCCCCAGCUGCCAAUGAUCCAAUGUGGGGUUACUUCACGGCUAUAGCGGGCCAGGACGGUGAAAUCGACGCAGAGGAGCUCCAGAGGUGUCUAACACAGUCUGGUUUCAGCGGCAGCUACACCCCCUUCAGCAUGGAGACGUGCAGAAUCAUGAUUGCAAUGCUGGACAGGGACUUCACGGGGAAGAUGGGCUUCAACGAGUUCAAGGAGCUGUUUACGGCUCUGAACGGCUGGAAGCAGAACUUCUUGAUGUUUGACCAGGACCGCAGUGGAACCGUGGAACCUCACGAGAUGUCUCAGGCAAUCACUGCCAUGGGCUACCGUGUCAGUCCCCAGGCCCUCAAUGCAAUCAUAAAGCGCUACAACAAAGGGGGCAGGAUCUUCUUUGAUGACUACGUGGCCUGCUGUGUCAAACUGCGAGCUCUCACAGACAACUUCAGGCGGAGAGACACCAUGCACCAGGGAUCUGUCACCUUCCAGUAUGAUGACUUUAUCCUGUGCACCAUGGCCAUCUAAGCGCUGCCAUCCACCGGGUCAGGACGUUUAUGUGUCAGCCGGCAACUGAUUCUGGAUCAGAACCUCACAGGAAUGCAAAGGGAGGCCAGUAUAUUAGACUGAGCGGCCGCGAGCCGCGUCAGGAAAGUACUCAUUGCUUGUAACGCUUAGUGUAACGCUUUAGUCUUGUAUGUAACACAGGGAUGUGCUGAAGAUGUAUCCGGUGCACACAUAUACACGUGGUAUGUAUUCAUAUUAGAGGGGAAUGUUUGACACGCCGCUGCCUGUAAGGCCUUCAUGAGGAGGAGGACGUCUGACUGAAAUGUGACGCAACACAGGAUGACUUAACAAUUGCAAAAAUUGUGUAACUGCAUAGAAAAUGUCCACAUAGAGACUUUAAAGAAGGGAGGAGUGAAGAAUGAGAUUUUUUUAGCAAGACUUUAAUGGAAUGUGAACCGUUCUUGUGACCUGUGAGACACCUGUUGUGCCAUUAUAAUAUCUGAAUGUAUGUUCUAAUAUACUAAAACAUAAACACACACACAGACACAGACACACAUAUAUUGACAGUUGUGCUCAUAAGUUUACAUCCCCUGGCAGAAUUUGUAAAAUGUGCUCCAUUCUUUAAUGAAAACAUGAAUGAUCAGAGCAAACACAAAAAAUAGCUUUGUCUAAACACCAGCCCUAAAUGAAAGAAAAUGUUUCCAUUAACAAACAUAUUUGCUAAAAAAUAAAGGACAAUAUUUCACAAAUUUGGCCAGGGUAUGUAAACUUAAGAACACAACUAUACAUAUGUGUGUUUUGAUUGACUGUUUGCAGUAUGAUGAAGCUGAUUUGCUUUUUUCCUUUAAGCAGUUAUGUAUGGAAUCACAGGAGUGCCAUAAUGAAAGAUAAAUCUGUUUAAUAAGGAAACAAAUGUGUAAAUACAAAGAGGAAUAAAUAAAGAAAAAAAUAUUAUUUAUUCCUCUUUAUAUUUACAUUUAUUUCCUUUUUUUUUAAACAGAUUUAACUUUCAUUAUGGCACUUCUGUGAUUCCAUAGCUAUGAGCUUGACCAGUAUGCACUAAUGUCACUGCUGUAGUAGUUUGAUGUUUGAUGUGAUCACAAAGCCAAAGUGACUGUGAGCCAAUUCAGUCCACGCUGACAGCUGCUGUUAACGAUAAUCAGAACUAGGAGUGUUUCCACAGAGCUACAGAAGUUCAUGUGCCUGAGAUUUUUGCAGCUGUAAACGUUUUUAGCUUUCUGUACAAACACAACCAGGUUUCCACCUCCACACUUCCAAUGUUGUCAAACAAUUCGUAUUUUGUUACUCACAAUAAACACACUUUUAAUCAG